AAAUUUGCCUGAAAUCCGACGUCAACUCUGCUCGCCAAACGCCACCACAGCUGACCGAUGAUGUUCGUGCCCUAUCGACUCCCGCCAAAUCCCGCUACCGGUUAUCGCCGGUGACCGCUCCACAUUUCCGGUAUUCUUCCCCUUUUUCUCGAACAAACAAAAACUCAGACCCAAAACUCUUUUUCUCGAACUAAAAACAGUAAACAAAGAUCUCUUUUCGUUGGUUACUUCCAGACUUCCGUCUUCUUCAACCUCUUUCCGAUUCCAUCAUUUUCGGAGUUCGAUUCACGCAUCGAAUUGGACGAGUAGAGUCUUGAGCUAUUUCAUUUCUCCGCUAAUUCCAUGCGAGCUGUCUGUUUCUAUCGAAAUCAAGGACAAUGAGCGCUGUGAAUAUCACUAACGUUGCAGUUCUCGACAAUCCAUCGCCCUUCUCUACCCCUCUUCAGUUUGAGAUCUCCUACGAGUGUUUGUCUCCUCUCAAAUACGAUUUGGAAUGGAAGCUAAUUUACGUAGGGUCUGCUGAGGUUGAGACUUAUGAUCAACUCUUGGAGUGUGUUCUUGUGGGUCCUGUCAAUGUUGGCAAUUAUCGUUUUGUAUUGCAGGCCGACCCUCCGGACCCAUCCAAAAUUCCUGAAGAAGAUAUCAUUGGCGUAACUGUACUUCUGUUGACCUGCUCAUAUAUGGGUCAGGAGUUUAUCCGCGUUGGUUACUAUGUAAACAAUGAUUAUGAUGACGAGCAGCUCAGAGAAGAACCUCCAACCAAAGUCUUGAUCGAUAGGGUUCAGAGAAACAUUCUAUCUGAUAAACCCAGGGUUACAAAAUUUCCCAUUAAUUUUUACCCUGAGACCAAUGAUAGUGGAGAGGAACCUCCUCCUAACGAUCCUGUAUUGGCUGAAACUGACGGUGACGAUCAACUACCCGCUUCGCCUGAACAUCCUUCAGACGAACAAAUUCCUUAGAUUUAGCUUUGUUGAAGGAACUUCCAUCCCAACUAAAUCAUGGAAAUUUCUGUCACGGUCGUCACUUGUUCUUAGAAAUCAUCAUUGCUGGAUUCUGGAUGGUUUUAAGCUCCAGAAGCUGAGAUAUUUUUGAGCUUAUGAUGGUUGGAAUGCAGUGUUCAACGUGUCUUCAACUCAGUUUGACUUGUAUUUCUAUGGUUUGUACUUGUACAAAGACAGUCCAAAUUCAUUAUUUUGAAGUCCUUUUUUGAUAGCUAAACAACUUUUGGUGUAUUAGUUAAGUCAGAUAAGCAAUGAUGGUGAGGGAAUCACUGUGGUGUUAGAAGAGAGUGAAAGCCAUGAAGAACUGUGAGAUAGGAGUAUGUUCAUAUGUGGAACCGUGUUGCAUUGACGACAAGGAAUCCGCCUUUCUCCAGAUGUAAAAUGGUAGUUCUGUGAAUCUGAUUCUAAUUUGGAUCUGUGCUAUACACCUUGUGACAUUUAGUUGAUUGCAGUUUGUCCCA